UGCUGAGAUAAAUAUAGCGAGUAGCCAUCCAUAUGAUCUAAGGUAACGUGUCAGCUCUUUGGUUACAAUCUUGAACGCGCAAUCAGUCAAGUUUUGCUGAACCACGACGAAACAAGGAGGAUGUCUUUGCUCUUUAAAGUUGCUUUCCUGCUAGCGGUUGUAUCUGCAAGUGAAGCUUGCUCCUGUAUGCCUUCUCAUCCCCAGGAAAGUUUUUGUCGUGCGGACUUUGUGGUCCGUGCAAAAGUUCUAUCUCAGGAAAUACAAGAAGAGUCACUUGUCAUCGGCCUACGAAUCCUGAAGACUUUCAAGGGAGCAUCGGAACUCAAUCAGACGGAGGGCAUUCAAGUUUACGGCUCAAGACAGCGCAGUCUUUUCGCUAAGGCUUACACUCAUAAAGACGGCGCGGCGUGCGGAGUGGACUGGCUCGAAAAUGGCAAGGUGUACUUCAUCACUGGGAAGAUCUUCAACUCAAAAUUGAAGCUUCAUUUGUGUAGAUGGAUUGCCAAGUGGUCCCAAGUCACCCAACGCCAGCGUGCUGGAGCCAGGCGCUUCUAUGGGCCAAACUGCGACUGCCAAAUCUCACCAUGCUAUGGGGAUAACUGCCCAAAGCUGAAGGGGUGUAAUACUUCUGAAUAUUUCAACCCUACAAACAACGAUUGUGAAUGGAGGCACACAUACUGCUUGAAAAACACCAACGUAACCGCAUGCGCAUGGCAAGAAACCGCUGAGUACAAGAACUGCACGAAUAACUCCGAGGGGUUGCCCUAAGAGUUGUGCAAGUAUCAUAAAGAAAAAGAAAGAAAAACAGCCAUGAAACUAAACUGUAAUGUUGUUAAUUUGUGACAUUUUUUUACACAAUAUUCGUCGUUUUGGAUAAUACAUUACUUGUAAAACUAUCUUACGAUUUUAAUUUCGGACAAAAAAGUGUCCGAAAACAUAACCGUUCUAAAAUAUUUACAGUACAGUAUAAGCUCUUAGUUUCAGUGUCCGAAAUUUUUGUCCGAAAUUUUUCCGAAAUGAGAUAAAAAGUGUCCGAAAAUUGAACAUCCGAAAUUUUUUACAAGUAAUGUGAGCCUAAAGCCUUGUUCACCUUGAUCUAUUUUUAGCGUGAUUUCAACUUAGGAACAUAUCAAGGUUACAUGCAACCCAACAACAGUUGUUUGAUUUUGCAGGAUAGAAUUCGACAAAUGACAAGGACCCAUUAGGAACUAAGAAUAAAUAGCGACAUUGGGGACGCUAAUAAUGCGUUUCAACUUAGACAAAAAACAUCAGUGAAGUGUGAUUUGCACUUCACUUGAAAUUUAGUUUGUAAACUGACGGCAGUUGCACCAUGAAAUUAAUUUACGAAGUUCAUUUAACUGGAGUUGUUAUUACUCAAAUCGAGCGACCAAUUUCUGUAUUUUAUACAGUUUCUGAAGUAAGAGAUAUAAUUCUCAUUUACAUGUACGAUAAAGUAGUUCUUUUAUAUUAACGAGCACCAAUUUAUUGGGUCAAACGUCACAAUCUUAUUACGAAAACUUGGGGAUAUUAUGAUAGAAUUUUAAAGGCUAGUUCUGAGCGGCAGAGUCUAUUGUGGCGUAAAUGAAGUAUAAUGUAAUCAUGACAGCUAUAAUGGUUUGGAUUUCAUCAAAUUGCUUCUUGAACAUUAAAGAGUUUGUUACUUCAAACAA